AUGGGCUCGUUUCGGGAAGUAUAUACUUUCGCAUUCACAUUUGCGAGUGAAGUAACCGGCGCGCACUUGACUAAUGGUUGGCUUGGCUUCUGCAACCUUUUAGGACCACUUUGCGGAGGGCAGUGUUGCGGCAAAAGGCGAGAGACGCACCUGAACGAUGUCCUUAAAAGGAUGACGGAGGAUCGAGCGAUUUCAACUACAAGACCGUUAUCAGAGCUGCUUCUUGCGACCAGGCGAACUUUGCAAGAGCACCUGACGGCGCUCUCGCACCAGUCGCAGAACAAGACGUCCGUGCUAUUCCUGCAACUGUACCGGGUGCACGCGACGCGGACGAGGGCGCCCCUCGCGGCGCUGUACGACGACAUCCGCGCCCUCCUCCGCUCGGGGACGGAGCGUGACGUCAGCGUGGACUCGGCCGCGUCGCCGCCAAGGGACCUGGCGGCGGGCGCGAGGAGGUUCUUCCGCGAGGUGUUCCCCGUGGCGUACCAGAACGUGCUCAAGCUGGACAAGCAGUUCACGCCCGAGUACGAGGCCUGCCUGCGGGACGCGUACGACGCGGUGCGGCCUUUCGGCGAAGUGCCCCAGCAGCUGGGAUCCUCGCUCUCGCGUUCGCUGGAAGCGGCCCGAGUUCUUCUCCAAGUGUUAGCUGUUGGAGCCAGUGCUUUGACGGCGAGCGAGCAAGUACUUACGAGCAGCAACGAGGAGUGCCAGAAGAAGAUAUUGAGGGUAGGGGGCUGCGCACGCUGCCACGGCUUCGACGUCAGCCCUUGCCAGAACUACUGCUUGAACGUCGCGAGGGGCUGCAUCGGCUCCCUGGUGGCGGAACUCGACGCGCCUUGGGCGGGCUACGUGGAGGGCGUGGAGAGAGUGGCACGGGCGGACGCAGAUGCAGCCCUGAGGGCCCUCGACGCCAGGGUAUCAGAGGCUAUUAUGCACGCCCUUGAAAAUCACGCCGUACUGGAGAAAAAGGUUCGCCAAGAGUGCGGUGCGCCGACGACGCUGGACGUAUCGGGCCUUUCUGCGCCGACCCCUACGCCCGGGGCCGCCAGACGUGACGCCCUACGAGCGCCCCCACCGGACACUGAACUGCUGCAGUUCGCUGCCACGCUCUCGGCCAGCAAGAAGCUCUUCUCCAGCUUAGCUGAUAAGCUGUGCGAUGAACCAGACCUGGCGAACGAGGGGAACACCGAGUGUUGGAAUGGCGAGUCCGCUGGAGAGUACACGAAACCGCUUGUGGCUUCGGCGUCCAUCAGCGAUCAGAAAUACAACCCUGAGAUUUCCGCGGGCUCCAAGCAGGACUUACGGGUGGCCGCGCUAGGUGACAAGUUGCGACAAGCCAGACAGUUGCUGGUCGCCCACUCGUGGGGCAGUGCCCCAGCAGCCGAGGCGUUCAUGCAGGGAGACGAGGCCGGCGACGAGGGCUCGGGCUCCGGCCGCAGUUACACCGACGACGACGCCGCCUACGACGCCGAGGGCUCCGGCGAGGAGGGCUCCGGUGCGCAGGACGUCGGUAGCAGAACGUUCGUCAGCGAGGACAACACGUAUUCGUCGACGGAGAAGACGUCGGCGGCGAGUGUGUCGCGGCCGGCUCUCGUUCCACUGAUGGGCUUGGCGCUCGCACGCAUCGCCAGCUGCCUGGCU